ACUAUAGCUAAAAACUAAAGGUAGUUACUAAAGCUCGGAUCAAUUCAGAUGGCACUAUUUAGGUAACACUCUUGGCGGUUGUUAUGGUUAGUCGCGGUCAAUCGCGGUUGAGAUUGCCGUUUACGAUUUUUAUGAUUGAAUUGUCUAAAUAUCGCGAGGGGCAGUCACGAGAAACGACAAAGACAUGCACGAGGGUACGCGCGUUGCACCGCGAGUAUUCACAGCGAUACAAAAUGUCGAUAUCAUGGAGCUGUCGUUUUGUUCGCACAAGGAGAUCAGACCCAUUCUGCCGUGUUUGGUUAGGAUGAGCCUGAUCUCGCCGCUGGACAUAACGAAGGAAUGCGUGGAGGGGCGAAAGCAAGUGCUAACGAUAUUAUCUGGCAUUGAAUCUGUCAAUUCCAUUAUUGCUCUGUUGUCCAUCGAUUUCCAUGCUCUUGAGACUGAUGUCCGACAGGAGCAACAAUUGAGACAAAAGUUAGGGAGCGUGCAAAGAGACAGCGUGCUAGCACAAUCACUGCAGAGUGGUCUGGCUCUAGAGUUCGAGCGCAGCGAGUCUAUUCGCAGGAUCAGGCUGGUGCUCAGUGAGAUCUUGUACAUAGCAUCUCAGAUACAGGAAUUGCAGAAGAAUCAAGAAUUUCAGAUCAAACAGUCGGACCUGUUCGACAAUGCGGUCUACAUGGAGGAGAUCAGCUACGUUAUAUGCAUAGCACUUGCGGAACUACCAACACUGUUAUCCAUACUGGACAUAGUGGAGACUCUGUUACACGUCAAGCAUGGGCCCGACAUAAUUUGUUGGAUAGUUGCUAACAGUCCAGACAGCUUCUCAGAGGUAUGCGCGCAUCUGAUUGCUAAUGGAGAGCGACAGGAAGAGUCAGCGUUGGGCAGAAUUAGAACGCAGGCCAUCACGAUGCUCUGCCAGAUGAAUCCGAGUCAGGCAUUGGCGAUCAGGGCCAAGUGCGUGGAACUGUGCAGAAUGCCUGCAUUGGCGAUCACACUGAGCCUCGAGCACGAGAACGCGAACAGCUCGCAGCCUGAAAGUGACGUGGUCGCCUUCGUAUCUGGAUUGCUGUUGGGUAGCGAUCAGCAAGUGCGCUCGUGGAUCGCUAUGUUUAUCAGGAACGGGCAGAAGCGUAAGUGGGAAUCUCAGACGGCGUUGCAGUCGCUACGCGAUGAACUCCUCAAGCGACUGCAAACGAUUGCCGCUCAGAGUACGGACAGCCAACUAGCGGAGUCACAGGUCGUGCAGGCGAGCGCGUUGCUAAGGCUGUACUGCGCUUUGAGGGGUAUCGGCGGGAUCAAAUUCCAGGACGACGAGGUGGCGAUGAUCGUACAACUACUGACGUCGCAUCCACCACCGUCGCCAGCAGGUGUCCGGUUCGUAUCGCUCGGUUUGUGCAUGCUGAUCGCUUGUCCGUCACUGAUCGGACAUCAUAAUCUGGAGAAGCGCAGCAUCGAGUGGGUACAGUGGCUGGUACGUGAGGAGGCUUAUUUUGAGAGCGCGAGCGGCGUGACGGCCAGCUUCGGCGAGAUGUUGCUCCUAAUGGCGAUACAUUUCCACAGUAAUCAGCUGUCUGCGAUCUGCGAAUUGGUCUGCGCCACUCUGGGCAUGAAGAUACCAAUCAGACCUAACAACCUCACGCGCAUCAAGCAGAUAUUCAUGCAGGAGAUAUUUACUGAGCAAGUCGUUACCGCUCACGCGGUCAAAGUGCCGGUCACGGCAAAUCUGAAUGCCAACAUUCCCGGCUUCCUGCCGGUGCACUGUAUACACCAGCUACUGAAGUCGCGAGCCUUCGCGAAGCAUCGGGUACCCAUAAAAAAUUGGAUAUACCGACAGAUAUGUGCGAGCGUGUCGCCGUUGCAUCCGGUUCUGCCAGCGCUGGUAGAGGUCUACGUGAACUCCAUUCUGGUGACAAACAAUAAGACGUCCGAGCACACGAAUAAACCCAUCACCGAGAACGAGAUCCGUCAGGUGUUCCAGAACAGCGUGUUCGGGGCGAAUUUCGAUUUCAAGAAGAAUUCCGCCAACGGCGUGCAGAUGGACAUCGAUAACGCGGACAUCGACGCGUCAAAACCUUCGCUCACUUCGCAGUUACUGUUGCUGUACUACCUGCUGCUGUACGAGGACGUGAGAUUGUCGAACAUGCACACCUUCAUAUCGCAAGGCAGAAAACUCAAGUCGUAUUCCACGGAGUUCCUGUCCGAGUUGCCGAUCAAGUAUCUGCUGCAACUAGUGCAGCGGGAUCAGAUGAACUACGCCAGUCUGUUUUCGCCGCUACUGCGAUUACUGGCCACUCAUUUUCCGCAUCUGUCCUUGGUGGACGAUUGGCUGGACGACGAAAUGAUUAACAUAGACUCUGCCAUCGCGAGCUACGAGAGCACGAAGAUCGGCGAGCUCGCGAUCGUCGAGGCGUUCGGCCACGUUAAAACUUGCCCCUCGAGAACCGGAAGAUUAUUAAGGCAGCUGAUGACGCUGAAGCCAACCGAGAUUUGGCCCCACGCCGAGCUGAUAAUACAUUAUUUGAAGGAUAUUCUCGACGAACAAGUUCCUAGAUACAUACAAGAACUUUAUAAGCAAGUGUGGCUUCGGCUUAAUACCGUGCUGCCACGUUGUUUGUGGGUUCUGUCCAUAAAUGCGCUGUUGAUAGAGAAUUCUAUAGUGAAAAACGUGUUUUUGACACAAGACAAUAUUGUAUUGGAUCCCCUGCAAGUACUGAGGUGCGACACAAGAGUUUUUAGAUGCGCGCCGAUUUUAUCUGUAAUACUUAGGAUUUUGCAGGCCACACUAGCCGCGUCACGAUCUCAAUUGUCCAGGCACAUGCAGGACAAGCCCUUGACUGAGAAGACUGGGCAAUUAACCAGCGAAACAGAGAGGGAGGAUCUGAGGAUAGCCUUGGUGGCGGGUCAAGAGAGCGCAGCAGUACAAAUCUUAUUGGAGGCGUGUCUAGAGACGGAGGAGGACCGAUGCACUCCCGGGCAAAUGUGGUCCCUUCGUGAAAUACGAAGCGUCGUGUGCUCGUACCUGCAUCAGGUGUUUAUAGCGGAUCCGUCUUUGGCCAAGUUGGUUCAUUUUCAGGGCUACCCACGUGAGCUGUUGCCGAUCACGGUUUCUGGAAUCCCGUCAAUGCACAUAUGUCUCGACUGGAUUCCGGAACUCUUAUCGCAGCCCGAGCCGGAGAAGGAAGUGUUCGCCGUAGAUUUGGCAUCACACCUGGCGGUUCAGUACGCGCUACCAAAGGCCUUGAGCGUCUCCCGAUUGGCCAUCAAUACUCUGAUAACGCUGUUAGGUGUACUGUCCGCAGAGGACCGGAUCGUGCUCUUCAUGCCGGUGCUCUCCUCAUUGACGCGGAUAUGCUUGGCCUUCCCUCCGCUAGUCGAGGAUAUUACGGGACUGUUGUUGCAACUCGGCAGAGUCAGCUCGGCUCAGGCGGCCCUGGGCGACAAAGCGGCGGACCAGUUGUGCCAAGAGGUGAACGCGACAUUCUGCACUUUGCUGCAGAAGGCUAUAUUGCAGUCGCGAGUCUACUGAAACGUUAGCUAUGUGGAAAAAAAAUCAUUAACUGUUCUGAUGUAUCAUUUGUACAUAAGUCUACGUCAUACCUGCACACGGGUCCGAGUCGGAUCUUAGUAAAGAAACUGCUACGGUUUUGUAAGCUAUUUUUUGAGUCGUGUACGAGGCAGAAACAUCUUUGGCACAUUUACAACGUUAAUAGGACACUGUAUGUGAUUUAACGAUUUAUGUAGGCUAUAUUGCGCAUCCUUGCGCGCAUUAAUUGCAUAAUGGUUCACAACUAAGACAAAGGUGUACAUAUAAAGAGAAAGAUUAUCAGGCAUUAUUACGUUUUUGGUACUUAUUUAGUGACGAAUUUUCUAACGUAUGAAAGUGUACUUUCUCUUCCUUACUGACAUGAAUAUAUUUAUUAUUUGAAAUUAAAAAUCGAUAUAAAAGAGAAUAUUUUGUAUUUUGUAAUAUAAAUAACGUGAGGAAGACGUGCGUGAGAUGAAACAAUAAAGAGAGAUUUUAUCAUA